GACGAGAGCAAAUGGGACAGAUUGGCGAGCGAGCACGUGACUCGGCUGCCAGAGAUAUAGGAGCGACUAUCGGUCAAGCCGUCAGUCGUUGCCUCUCCUCCAAACUAGCACCAGAUUAGCAGACCGACAGCCUCCGCGAUGGAUUUGACCCCCGAACUUCAGAAGAGAGCUGAGCAGGACCUGAACGAGGACCCCAGGAGGCGAGGCGAGGACAUAAAGCACAUCAGGGACUGGCUCAGCAAGCAACCACACAUCAAAGCCAGGACAGAUGACGCGUGGCUGCUGGCGUUCCUGCGAGGCUGCGAGUUCUCGCUGGAGAGGACGAAGGAGCGGCUGGACAAUUACUACACACUGCGCUCCCUCAUGCCGGAAGUUUUCGAUAAUCGGGACCCACUCAGCAAGGAGCUGGUGGCCGCAGUCAGCGCCAGGGUGCUGCUGGAGUUGCCAGAGCCGGACGAGCAGGGCAGCCGGGUGUUCCUGCUGCGGCUGGGCGCCGCCGACCCGGCCACCAUCCCCGUGGAGAGGGUCUUCAAGCUGAACUACAUGGCGGGCGACCUCAUGCUGCGCGACGACCCGGCCGCCAUCAUCUGCGGCAACGUCAUCCUGCUGGACCUGGACGGCGCCAACAUGGGCCACGUGCUCCAGAUGACGCCCGCCUUCGUCUCGAAGAUCAUGACCAUCCUGCAGGAGGCGUACCCCCUGAGGACGCUGGCGAUCCACUACAUCAACGCCCCCUCGGCGGUGGACGUGGUCAUGUCGCUCUUCAAGAACUCCCUCUCUGGCUACCUGGCCACACAGUUCCACCAGCACACUGACCUGGAGUCACUUCACAAGUUCUUCCCAAAGAGGAUUCUGCCAAAAGAGUACGGCGGGGAAGCGGGAACAUUGGCAGAGCUCAACGAGCGAUUCCGCAAACGCCUCGAGUCCCGGCGGGAUUUCUUCCUGGAGGACGGCAAGUACGGAGUGGACGAGAAGCUGCGUCCCACCGCCGCCCGCUCCAAGGCGCGCCGCGACGUCUUCGACAUGGCCGGCUCCUUCAGGCAGCUCGCCGUAGACUGACCUCCUGAAGACGAACCACCGUCCGAAACGCCCCUGAUCUUCACACUACCUGUGAAGCUGUGCGUGGCCCUACAAACUUUCGUAGUGCUGGAUUCAUUAUUGGCUCCAAAGGACAGAACACCAACU